GAUUAGAGUGAAAGUGUAAAGCAGUUAGCUCUCAUUGAGAAGAAAUUCUUGUUUUCAAAUUAAUUUCUGGAAUUAACUACAGGAUAUUCUCUGAAGCUGAAAGGAGAAUAAAUGCAAACAAUUCUGACUCCCUGAAAAGAGACGAGUAAAAUAAAGGUUAAAGACACAGAAGGAAGUAAAUGGCUGAAUCUUCAUCACCAACAAAAGGCAGCAGAAGGAGGAGCAUGGAAGAGGACCGUUCGUUUUCACAUGAUUCCACCAGUCUCCUGUCUGAAGAGCAGCUGCUGUGUUCAAUCUGUCUGGAUGUGUUCACUGAUCCAGUCACCACUCCAUGUGGACACAACUUCUGUAAGAGCUGCCUUACACAGUGCUGGGAGAAGAGUCAACACUGUCACUGUCCAUUAUGUAAAGAGAAAUUUACCAAGAGACCUGAACUGAAGAUUAAUAUAACACUGAGAGAGGUUGCAGAUCACUUCAAGAAGAAAAGUGCUUCUGACAAACCUGAGGUUCUUUGUGAUGGCUGCACUGGAGAGAAGCUAAAAGCUCUGAAAUCAUGUCUGGAUUGUCGUGCAACUUUCUGUAAAACUCAUUUAGAGCCACAUAAUCAUGUUCUAAGCCUUAAGAAACACAAACUAAUAAACCCUGUGGUGAACCUGGAGGACUACAUAUGCCAGAAACAUGAGAGAGCUGUGGAGCUGUUCUGUAGAGAUGAUCAGAUGUGUGUGUGUCAGUUCUGCACUGAGACAAACCACAAGAAUCACAACACUGUUCCUAUAGAGGAGGAGAGCAGAGAGAGGAAGACUCAGCUGGUGAAAACACAGACAGAUGUGCAGCAGAUGAUUCAGGACCGACUGAAGAAGAUAAAAGAGAUCAAACACUCAGUAGAACAAAGCAAAAGAAGCACAGAGAAAGAGAAAGCAGACAGUGCUGAAGUCUUCACUGCUCUGAUUCGCUCCAUUGAGAGAAGUCAGGCUGAGCUGCUCGAGGUGAUGGAGGAGAAGCAGAAAGCAGCAGAGAGGCAGGCUGAAGGAUUCAUUAAAGAGCUGGAGCAGGAAAUCACUGUGCUAAAGAGGAGAGACACUGAGCUGGAGCAGCUCUCACACACUGAGGAGCAUCUCCACCUCCUACAGAUUUACUCCUCCAUGUGCAGCCCUCCACACACCAAGAACUGGACUGAGAUCAGUAUUAACACUGAUCUGAGUGUGGACACUGUGAGGACAGCUCUGUCUCAGCUUCAGCAGACUCUGAAUGAGAAACUCUCUAAAACACUCAAUGACAAGUUAAAGGAAACAGUUUCCACAGAACUGAAGAGGAUUCAGCAGUAUGCAGUGGAUGUGACUCUGGAUCCUGAUACAGCUCAUCCCAAACUCAUCCUGUCUGCUGAUGGAAAACAAGUGACACAUGAAGACACACGACAGAAUCUCCCUGAUACACCACAGAGGUUUAAUCAGUGUGUUAAUGUUCUGGGAAAGCAGAGUUUCUCCUCAGGGAGAUUUUAUUAUGAGGUGCAGGUCAGAGGGAAAACUAAAUGGGAUUUUGGAGUGGCCAAAGAGUCCAUUAACAGGAAGGGGAAGAUUACACUGACUCCUCAGAAUGGAUUCUGGACUGUGGCUCUUAGGAAUGAGAAUCAGUAUAAGGCUCUUGCUGGUCCCUCUGUCCCCCUCACACUGAGAGAGAAGGUGGAGAAGGUGGGGGUGUUUGUGGAUUAUGAGGAGGGUCUGGUCUCCUUCUUUGAUGUGAAGUCCGGAUCUCAUAUCUACUCUUUCACUGGUCAGUCUUUCACUGAGAAACUCUAUCCAUACUUCAGUCCUUGUAAUAACGAUGGAGGUAAAAAUUCAGCACCACUGAUCAUCUCUCCUGUAUUUAAGACUGACUGAAUUUCACCUUACAAAUGUAAUCGUCUAUUAAAUUGUGAGAAUAAUGAAAUAUUUUUAUUUUUCUGGUUACUUUUAGAAAUACAUAUUCCCUUUUAUAGUGCUGUAUGGAUUAUUUUAAUACAGAGUUUUUUGAGGGGACAGGGUAGAAAAAAUCAUUUUAA